AUGGACGAUUCUGCAUCUGCAUCAACAAGUACCUUGCCUCUAUCCCAACGGGAAGCUUCAGCUCCGGAAAUUGCACCGACAGAUAGCACAGUCUCCAGCACAGUAACUGAAGUAACUUGCAACGUUUCAGGCGAAACUACUCAUACUCGGACUAGAGCUUAUAUUGCGCAAACGCCCGAGAAACGAUAUCGCUUGAGUCAGCCCUUCCCAAACAAUUCGAUGCGAUCACCGUCUACCGUUAUUGGGGAAACCAUUGGGCGAGUCGGCGGGAAAAUAUUCUCCUGUUUAAAUGGUGAUAGUGGCUACGUUCCGACCGCUGACGAAAAUGAUCUUCUUUUUAAUGUUCAUCACAAGACAGCUGUCAAAAGGGCCUUGCACCAGCACUCUUCUCCGACUAGAUCCUUUCCGGAAGAAGAAAAGAAGGAAGACCACAGGCUUCACUUAAAGAGGAAUCCCAAUUCUUUACUAUCGAAUCAGGAUUUUCCAACAUGUGAUGGAUGCCUGAAACGAAUAUACCCCACUGAUAGUGUCACCAAAGCAUUUUCUCCUACCCGGACGUUUCAUUCUACCUGUUUCAAGUGUUACUUGUGCAGUUCACAACUGCGAUACCACGGCCAAGAAGUCUGCAUACGCAUUCCUGAUGAAUCCGAUGAGGGUUCGUUUCGUCACAUUCUCUUAUGCCAGCCUUGUCAACAGGCUUCUCAGUCGGAAUACUCCGAGAAACGCCUCUCCACCAUUGCUGGCACACGAGUGGCGCCAACCGACAAUGAGUUUGGCGACGUAGAUGGUGUGUUGGAUGAAAUUGGUGACGAGUUGGAGCAAGUCAUGAUGCACAAUUACGUACCGACUUGCACCAUUUGCGGAGGCAAUUUUCUAUCAUAUGAUGGACACAAGGUGGUAAUGAUGGGGCCGACCUUGAAGUUUCACUAUGAGUGCUGGGAAACUGGAAAGCCAAGUGUUGAUGUUCAAGAACGUAAGCUGGAACUCAUUCAGGCAGUCAAGUAUCUUCCAACCGAACUGAUUCUCCGCGUUCGUAGUGAAGAGUCCAUUACCACCUUGUACUUUGAAUGGAAGAAUCGGCUAGAAGACUUUAAGUCGAUGGUGGCCGAAUCCAAAAGGACCAGAACCUUGCGAGUGGUGUAUUCCAUCAAUUUGAAUACCAACACUGGCUCGUCCAAGCGACCAUGGGUACCUCUUAGGUAUCUGUAUACCUUUGAGUUGGUAGGGGAGCCACUUGGAAAGGGUAUGCUUGCAGAUUCUACCAGUACUAUAUCACGAAAAUCUAAUGAAGAUGUGGAUGUGAUUGGGUGCAUGCGGGUGUCGCGAUUUGAGCUUCACCAUGCCCUUCGCAUUCGCAUACCAAUCGUCAAGGAGCAUGGACAAGAUCAGCUGGACCUUCAAAAGUCGGUGCUGGCAAUAGACCUGAUUGAUGAGUAA